GGCGCUGUGUCUGUGUGUCUCACUGUUGACAUCCUGGCCUUACGAACGAUAUGAGAUCGAAGCGAGCUGUUUUAAGCCGUUACUUUCACUUGAAUGUGAUGUCAUUGGGGUUUUAUUAUAUUCCCGGACUAAAGAAAGCGAUCUAAUGUAACGGUGAAGUUGAAGCAGAUCUUAAGAUGCUGCUCUCUUUGGGGAUGCUGAUGCUCUCUGCCACACAGAUUUACACCAUCUUUACUGUUCAGAUAUUUGCCUUCCUAAAUCUUCUGCCUGUGGAGGCCGAUAUAUCAGCAUAUUCAUUGGACAAUAAAACGGAGAACUUUGAUGACCUACCAGCUCGAUUUGGCUACAGGCUGCCCAGUGAAGGACUAAAGGGCUUUCUGGUUGGGGCUCGUCCUGAGAAUGCCUGUGAGCCGAUCGCUCCUCCACCCCUGAGGGACAAUGUAACCAACACCUUCAUUGUGUUAAUCAAACGCUUCGACUGUAACUUUGAUGUCAAGGUCCUCCAUGCGCAGAAGGCCGGCUACAAGGCAGCAAUUGUCCACAAUGUGGAUUCUGAUGACUUAAUCAGCAUGGGAUCCAAUGAUCUGGACAUUCUGAAGCAGAUAGACAUUCCAUCAGUUUUCAUUGGUGAAGAAGCAGCCAACUCUCUCAAAGAGGAUUACAUCUAUGAGAAAGGUGGUCAUGUAAUUCUCAUGCCAGACUUCAGUUUGCCUCUGGAAUAUUACCUGAUCCCAUUCCUCAUCAUCGUUGGAAUCUGCCUCAUUCUCAUUGUAGUUUUCAUGAUUACAAAGUUUGUUCAGGACAGACACAGAGCCAGAAGAAGUCGCUUGCGGAAAGACCAGUUAAAGAAACUUCCAAUUCACAAGUACAAGAAAGGUGACUCCUAUGACGUGUGUGCUAUUUGUUUGGAUGAGUAUGAAGAAGGUGACAAACUUCGGGUCUUGCCCUGCUCGCAUGCCUAUCACUGCAAGUGUGUCGACCCGUGGCUGACCAAAACCAAGAAGACCUGUCCAGUGUGCAAGCAGAAGGUUGUGUCAUCUGAGGGUGACUCAGACUCAGAGUCCGACUCUGGUGAGAGUGGCGGCGAGGAGAACGAAGUAUCGGAAAACACGCCUCUGCUGCGAACUCUGGCCUCUACCAGCGCCCAUUCAUUCGGAACCAUGUCUGGCUUGCUGCCCCAGCAUGAACCAGAGUCAUCGGACUAUGACGAGCACAGUGACACCACCGACAGCGAGGAAGAGGUCACCGUGGAAACUGUGGUCGUACAGCUGCAACAGGAACGCCCUGAAAACAUGGAGGCGAAUGCCUGAGACGUUGGCCAAGGUCAACAUAGACUCAUGAAGGGGAUUCCAAAGUAUUUGGAGCAGCAUUUCGCGAUCACUUGUUAUUUAACAUUAGAAAUCCAUUUAAUGGAUGGUUCACCCAAAAAUGAAAAUUCUUGUUAUUCCAAACUUUUUGACUUUCUUUUGUGAAACACAAAAGAAACUGUGACUGAGGCUAACAAUUUUCACUAUUGGGUGAACUAUACCUUAGAUAAAUGUACACAAUAUGUUGUAUAGAGAGCUUUGCGCAGCUCGAACCAUGCAGCAAUAUUUUAUAAUCUGUGAUUUCCCCCCAAAGAGAAUAUACGCUAUUACAUUCAAUUAGCAAUAUGAUUUUUGGCAUCCUGCGCAGCAUCUUCCACCCCCGAGAAUGUAAUUUGUGCUUCAGUCACAUGCCAAACUCAUCUCGGAUGUGUAUCAAAUCUAAAAAAUCUGCACAUUUUAUAUGACAAAGACUUUGUUGACAAGGACUAUAAUAUUUGUUGUACCAAUACUGACACCACUAUUUUAGUUUGAUCAAUAACAACAGAACCUAAAUAUGAGUCACUCAAAAGUGAUCUUACAAAUGCAAUUAACACAUUUAAAAUACUGUAAGUAGGAAAUGUUUUUGUGAGUAGAAGUUGAAGGGUUUUUGAUAACAUGCACUGUUACUGAUGUCUGGUUGCUUUAUUGUAAUGUUCUGCUCACCCUUUUUCGUAGUAGUCUAUAUUCAUUUCUCUUCAUGAAUAAAAUACUACACCUUU